AUGAAAAAGGGACCAAGACACAGAACCAUGAAAAGAGCCAAGAGGAAAGAGACGACCAGGACCAAUCAACAAUGCAGGUUUGUCUUAGUUUCAAAACAAUGGUCAUCUAUAAUCCGUGGCAAAGAGUUGACAAAGCUGUACAUAGCUCGAUCUUCCACUCGGAUGCGUCUUCUUUUCACAGUCCAGCUGUAUGAGGAGCAGUUGUUACAAUCCUGCUCCCAGGAUGAUCCAUCUUCAGAUCGUCAUAGGCUAAACAUAACUCCAUUUACUCGCGUGUAUGCUUAUUCACCACCCGUCCGCGGCUUGAUCUGCUGUCCAAUGGAAUCGAAAGUCAUGGUUGCAAACCCUAGCACGGGCCAAUUAUUAACGUUACCUAGAGUCAAAACUAAUAGAAGAGGUGUAUUAUCCUUUUUAGGGUAUGAUCCAGUGAAUGAUGUAUACAAAGUGCUGUGCAUGACUGUACUACAAGUUCAUCAAAGAGUUGUGUCCGAGGAGCAUCAAGUGUACACUCUAGGAGUAGGUCAACGAAAAUGGAGAACGGUUGAAUGUAAGAGCAUGAUUACGAAGGGCUAUUGCAUAAAUGGGAUACUGUAUUAUUAUGCUUGGAUACAAAAUGAAGCAGCCUUGAUAAGCUUCGAUCUGAUAUCUGAAGAGUUUAAUGUCAUUAAGGUGCCUGAGGAUAACCUUUGCAUAGUGAACUACACUGGAAAGUUAGCUAUAGCGGGUUGGAUUACCAUUGCAGGUGCACUUGAGCUUUGUGUUAUAAAUAAAUAA